UUGGACUCCCCACUUUUUCCGACCGCUUUCUGUCCCCGCCGUCUCUGCCGCCUGAUAUCUGUUUCUGCUGCAUUAGUGGAGAUUACUUAGAGGUUUGUUGGGUCUUUGCAGUUUGGGCUUUAUUCCCAUUUUGUGUCUUGCAAAUACUGAACUGCGUCGGGUUUGAUCUAGAUAUGCCGUGCCAGCGACUUGUCUCUGCCCUGGCGGCCAGACAGGCCUCUUCCUCUUGUCUGAUCUCUCGGAUAUCAUCUUUGACCACUGCCAAAUCUACUUCCUCCGGUCGCCGUUUUCUGAAGACCGCCUCUCGCACGUCGAAGCCAUCGACAUCCGGCCCUGGCGCAGCAUCCGAUUCCACAACGAUCCCGCCGCCGCACCCCGUCUCGUCCGGUCCUUCCUCCGCGGCCGAAGAUGACCGUCUGCUGCGCGACGUAUUCGACUCUUCUUCGGUCUGGAACUCGUUCUACUCCAGAUUUCCACAGUCGCGCUCAACCGGCCUGUUGAACAAUGCGCGCCUGACGUCGGCUAACUCGCUAGCCGAAUUCGCCGAAUCAACCUUGCUCGCCGCCCAGCGCGUGGCCGCUGCUAUUAUCGCCAUCGACACCGGCAAGCUCACCGACGACGAUUGCAGGCGCGUGGUCAGGCUGUUUGAUCGGCUUUCUGAUAUGCUUUGCCGGGUGAUUGACCUUGCUGAAUUUGUACGCACAGUGCAUCCCGACCAGGCAUAUCUUGCCAACGCCGAGCGCGCGCAUAGCAUAAUGUUAGGCUACAUGAUCCAGCUCAACUCCAGUGUCGAGCUCUUUGGCGUGCUAAGAAAAGUUCUUGAGUCUGAAAACGUCGAGAACGUGCUCUCGCGCGAGGAGAUGAUUGUCGGAAAGCUCCUGCUCGACGACUUCAAUAAAUCCGGCGCCUCGCUCGAUCAGUCGAUCCGCGAGGAAGUCAUCACCGUGCAAAACAACAUCGCUGUCCUCUCGCGUGACUUUAUGAUGGGUCUCAGCCCCGCUCACGAGAGCAUCACCGUUGACAUCAACGACCUCACAGGCCUCGAUCCCACGCUCGUCAACGGCCUUCGCAUCGCGAGCGCUCAGGCAAGCGAAGGCCGCUCGAGUUUCGGCUUUGGCAGGCGCCAGAGAAACGGCAAGCCCUCCGCGCAAGCGUUGGCAAAGGUCAGACAUGUCAAACUGCCAACUACAGGAACCGUCGCGCGCAUGGCUGCUCUCAGCGUCUACUCAUCCAAGAUCCGCGAGCAGCUGUACGUAAACUCGCGCAAAUCCUCCGAUCGACAGAUUCAGAUCCUGGAAACUUUGCUGAUGCAGCGUAUGCGCUUGGCGAACCUCAUGGGCUCGAAAUCGUUUGCGGAGUACCAGCUCAGUGAUAAGAUGGCGCGCACUCCCGAGGCAGUUCACAAAUUUCUAGAAAAUCUUGCCGCGAGAACAAAACCUGCCGCGCAGGGUGAGAUAUCGUUGCUAGAGAAGCUGAAAGCGGCCGACCCUCGAAACCAGGAAGAUCCGGUUUUCAGAGCAUGGGACAGAGAUUACUACCUGUCUCAGUACAUUGACAAGACCCGCCAGCCAAAGAUGCGCUCGUAUGACUUUCUGAGCGCCUAUUUCUCGGUCGGAACGGUGAUGCAGGGUCUCUCUAGACUGUUUACGAAACUCUACGGAAUCCGAUUUGUCCCGCGCGAGACCGACUACGCAUCCGGAGAAACCUGGCAUCCGGAUGUGCGCAAGCUCGAUAUCAUGGCUGAUACCGGGAGUGCGCUCGACGGUAGCGGUGAGCAGCGAGUUGGAAUCAUGUACUGCGAUCUGUUUGCUCGGGAAGGCAAGCCUCGCGCUCCGGCGCACUAUACUGUUCGCUGCUCACGGCAGAUUUACGACGACGAGAAAUUCGACGGUCUCGACGACGGAAUUAAGGACAUCCCGACGCUUACGGAGAGCGACGGAUCAGUCUUCCAACUGCCUACGAUCGGUCUAGUCUGCGACUUUGCCUCUCGAUCCGACGGCCGCGCAAGUUUGUUGUCGUUUGCCGAAGUUGAGACGCUUUUCCACGAGAUGGGUCAUGCGAUGCACUCGAUGCUCGGGCGCACCUCGUUGCACAACAUUUCCGGCACACGAUGCGCGACCGACUUUGUCGAGCUGCCGUCUGUGCUCAUGGAGCAUUUCGCUAGAAACCCCGACGUUCUGGCGUUGUUUGCCCGACACCACGAGACGGACGAGCCGCUGCCGAUGCCGCUGCUUGAAGCACACUUGAAGGAGGUCGCUGGAUUCAAAUACAACGACAGCUACACGCAGAUCGAGAUGUCGCUCCUAGACCUGGCACUCCACACGGUCUCGCCCGAGUCGCUGCACGGAGGUAGACUAGACUCUACCGCGAUCAGCCGUGCUCUUGAGAAGCAGUACUCGCUCUUCCCGCCCGUUGAGGGGACGAGCUGGCAAGGCCAGUUCGGUCAUCUUGUAGGCUACGGCGCGGUCUAUUACUCCUAUCUACUCGACCGCGCAAUGGCGUCGCUAGUAUGGCGCCAGGUCUUCAAGGGCGGAGCAGAUGGCGGCGCUGUUUCGCGCGACGCAGGCGAGAAGUUCAAGAACGAGGUCUUGGCGUGGGGUGCGGGACGCAAUGCGUGGCAAUGCAUUGCAGGUGUGCUGGAGCGGCCCGAACUAGAGGCUGGCGGGGAGAAGGCGAUGGAGAUUGUUGCGAUGGGGGACGAGGACGUUUCCGGCAUGUGGCGGUAGUCUAGUAAAUAGAGCGUUUCAUUAUCGUA